GGAAAAAUAUUUGCAUGUUUUAUCGAUUUCAAAAAAGCAUGUGAUUCUAUUUGGCACGAUGGAUUAUAUUAUAAGCUUCUACAAAGUGGUGUAGGGGGUAAAGUUUAUGACAUUGUAAAAUCAAUGUAUUCAAACAACAAAUGUGCAAUACGAAUUGACAAUAAACAUACAGAUUUCUUCACCCAGAAGAGAGGAGUGCAGCAGGGCUCUAGCCUGAGUCCAACACUGUUCAACAUCUACAUUAAUGAAUUAGCGGUGCAGUUGGACCAGUCUACAGCCCCUGGACUCACUCUACAAGACAAAAACAUCAAGCUUUUGCUGUACGCAGAUGAUCUGGUGCUGCUGUCAUCUACACCACAGGGACUACAGCAGCACCUAGACCUGCUGGAGAACUACUGCCAGAACUGUGCCCUGGCAGUAAACCUAAAAAAGACCAACAUUAUGGUCUUUCAGAAAAAGCCCAGAUGUCAGGAACACAGAUACCGGUUCAGUCUAGGCAGCACCGCCCUAGAACACACGAUGCAGUACACCUACCUCGGCCUGAUCAUCACUGCAUCGGGGAGUUUCAGUACGGCAGUAAAUGCUCUCAAAGAUAAAGCUCGAAGAGCUCUAUACGCAAUCAAGAAAAAAUUCCAAAAUAUUGAAAUACCGCUUCCAAUUUGCUGUAAAAUCUUUGAUAGUGUGAUUCAGCCCAUAGCGCUGUAUGGAAGUGAGGUUUGGGGUCCACUCAGCGUUCAGAGCUACACUAGAUGGGACAGACAUCCAACAGAAGCCCUACACACAGAAUUCUGCACAAUGAUCCUAAAAUUACAAAGAAAAACUCCCAAUAAUGCAUGUAGGGCAGAAUUAGGCCGAUUCCCAUUGAUUAUAAAUAUACAAAAAAGAUCCCUCAAAUUCUGGAUGCAUCUAAAAUCGAGUCCCACAGAAUCGCUACAUUUUAAAGCACUACAAACCCAAGAACUGAACCCCGAAAAGAGUCCACUCAGUCAGCUGGUUCUGAGACUUACUAACCUGACUAACUCUACUAACACUAACCAGUCUCAGACCAGCACUGCUUCUCACCCAAACAUCAAAAUAAAUCAAAUUAUCAAACAAUCUAAAAAUAUAUAUCUGGAACAUUGGGAUCAAGAGACUAAAACACAAAGUAAAUUACAAAUAUAUCGGACCAUAAAAUCAAAUUAUGAAUUGGAAGAUUAUCUCCAGAGUGUCAGAGACACAAAGCAGAGACAGAUCCUGACCAAGUACAGGCUCAGUGAGCACAGACUAGCCAUCGAGACCGGCAGACACAGAAAGAGCUGGUUACCCAGAGAGCAAAGGGUGUGUGCUCACUGUGAGACAGGAGAGAUCGAGACAGAGACACACUCCUCCUUCACUGUCAUAAAUACAUAUCAAUAAGAAACCUCUACUUCAACAAACUCACCAACUUAAUAAUGAACUUUAGUGAAAUUAGUGAAACAGAGCAAAUAAAGAUAAUACUAGGAGAGGGACAGACAGCAGCACUGGCCGCGAGAUACGUGUGGACGUGCCACAGCCUGAGAGACAGCAGGUGCAUGUGUGUGUGUGUGUGUGUGUGUGUGUGUGUGUGUGUGUGUGGACGUGCCACAGCCUGAGAGACAGCAGGUGAAUGCGUGUAAUGUGUGUAAUAUGUGUAUUACGUCUGACCUCAAAGUGUUUCCCUACUGUAUACCACAGUGACCCUCAGCCUGUGUGUGUUUAUGUGUUAAACACUGUGGUAUGAAAUGUUCACAUAAGUUCUUAUUUGUUACACUGUUUAUUUAAGUUUAUAUUGUUAUAAGGUUUUUAUUCUAUUAUUUUGAUCUUUUCAUUGUUAUUAUAUUCCUACACAUAUAUUUCAAGCUUUGGCAAUAUUGUAUUUUUUACAGUCAUGCCAAUAAGCAAUAUUGAAUUGAAUAUACACACACACACAUAUAUAUAUAUUAGU